CAUAAAUAAGUGAAUAUUAUAAAGCAUUGCAAUUAUGAGCUGUGAAUUACACAGUGUAUUUUUUGUUGUUGUAUUGUCCUCUACCACCACAAAAGGAACCAGUGCAAAAUUUGACAUUGCCCUUUUAAGAAAACCGAGAAAUAGUUUGGAAUGACGUCUACUGCGCACUGAGGCCGGGGACACAGACCGUGGCGGAGUGGAGCGAGAAACUACUGUUGGGCUGUCCCGUGAAGAGAUCCUGCCAUGCGUGAAUACAAGCUAGUGGUGCUAGGCUCGGGAGGCGUGGGCAAAUCCGCUCUGACAGUCCAGUUUGUACAGGGAAUCUUUGUGGAAAAAUAUGACCCAACAAUAGAAGACUCCUACAGAAAGCAAGUUGAGGUAGAUGGACAGCAAUGCAUGCUUGAAAUCCUCGACACAGCCGGCACAGAGCAGUUCACUGCAAUGAGAGAUCUGUACAUGAAGAAUGGUCAGGGCUUUGCCCUGGUGUACUCCAUCACAGCACAGUCCACGUUCAACGACCUGCAGGACCUGAGGGAACAGAUCCUCAGAGUGAAGGACACCGAAGAUGUGCCGAUGAUCCUGGUGGGGAAUAAGUGUGACCUGGAGGAUGAGCGGGUGGUGGGCAAGGAGCAGGGUCAGAACCUGGCCAGACAGUGGAACCACUGUGCCUUUUUAGAGUCCUCCGCAAAGUCAAAGAUCAACGUCCUCGACAUCUUCUAUGACUUGGUCAGACAGAUAAAUAGGAAAACGCCUGUGGAAAAGAAGAAAGCGAAAAAGAAAUCAAACUGUGUCCUGCUCUAAAGGUCCCCUCCCCUCUACCCUGCCCUGCAGCAGCUCUGAGCCAGAAUGCUGUAAUGAAGAACUGUUGCCCAGAUUGGACCGUGCCAGCAUUCCCCCGCCCCCUCCCCAUCAGCCAUAAACGGUGAGGACACAAACAGCUGAUCGCUGAUUCGCUAGUAUCAAAGCAGGACACAAUGAGAGAGACGACUUGUUUCUAUCUCACUCAGACUCCUCUCUGAUCCGACAUCGGUGAACCCUGAAGGACAAUCUUCAUUCCCCACAUCCUGAACCACCAUGAACUCUGAAAGUCUCUGAAAUGGGAACGUGUCCAUGGUCCGGUCGACCGAAAGCCCACUCCUCCUUUUUGAGAGUGUAAAAGCGAUUACCUACUAAGAAAGAUAAAAACUUGACUUCAGUAUUUUACAUCUUUGCAAUAUAGUGUAUUUGGAGACAUGGAAGUUGACUUCAGUUGUAUGAUUAUAAAUAUCUUCAGACAGCAUGACCACAUCUGUUAUUAAGUGUAAAUGUUUUCAAGUGUGAAAUCAAAUGGAAGUAAGAACUUUUUUUUUUUAUAGCCAUACACCUGUUUCUCCAUGCCAGUCAUGUCAAUGGUGGUAGAUCAAGGUCCGUAUAUGUAUUUUGGUUUCCCCUACAUCCAUGGACUUUCUCUUCUGCAAAUAUCUCUGAUGUGACUUCAUUUUAUACUCAGUCACUGGGAUAUCAUAGUUCCCAUAAUAUAUUCAAAUGCCAUUUUUUUUGCAUAAUAAUGCUUCAGAAGAAUGGGUAUUUUAUAGAAGAAAUAUGCGGGGAAAUAAGGAAUGAUUUCUGUCUCUUGAAGCUGAAAUAUAUACUAAACCAACUCUAAUAAUGCUUCUUGUGUUUUUCUGUCAAAUGAUGUUCCAGCUUUUAUGGAUUAAAUUUUAGUACAUUUUCAGUA